UCACAUGAUCCUUCAGAAAUCGUUCUAAUAUGAUGAUUUGAUGCUCAAGAAACAUUUUGAUUAUUAUCAAUGUUGAAAACAUAGGAAUAUAGGAACACAUUGGAAUAAGUACAGAAAUCUAGGUAAGACAUUCAUGUUUACUGAAUUUACACGUCCUGACAGUGAUAGAGGGAGAGUUGACCAGCGAGCGAAAUCAUUCUAGACUCGCUGGAGAAGCGUGGUGAAAUUAGAAACAGGAAAAUUGAUUGGAUAUAUCUCACUUUUAUUUAUCUUCAAUUUGUAACUGGAAAAAAAGGCUAAAAGAGUUUAUAAUUCUCAGGACUUCGGGUAAAGAAACAGCAUGAUUGGAGAUAUAGAGCAACACAUCAUCCGCGUAUAGUGAGAUUUUGUGAACUGCACUGGCUCUCCUAAUUCCCAGUAUGGCCUGUUCAGUACGGAUGGCAAUUGCCAAAGGCUCGAUUACCAAUGCAAAAAGCAAGGGUGAAAGUGGGCAGCCCUGUCUUGUGCCCCAUUUUAAAGGGAAGUUAGAGGAUGAUACGUGAUUGGCACGGACUGAGCAUACUGGAUGGGAAUAUGAAAGUUUAAUCCAGGAUAUGAACUUGUUGCCAAAUCACAGGUAAUACAAAGAACAGGUAAUCCCAUUCCACACAAUCGAAGGCUUUCUCUGCAUCAAGCAGAAGAAGAGCCUCCGGUGGAUGAGAAAGAGAGGAGUAAAUUACAUUCAGUGCUCUUCUUAUAUUAUGAGACAAUAGUCUAUUUUUAAUGAAACCCGUCAUUGUGUAUGAUUUCAGGUAAUACAGACUCAAGAUGCUUUGCGAGCAUUUUAGCCAGUAUCUUUACAUCCACAUUUAAAAGACUAAUUGGUCGUCUUCAUCAUGCGACCCUUCAUCUUCCUCAUGAUGCAGUGCGGCGUCGUCAUGAGCGCCAGCUGUCCGGGAGACAUGAACAAGGACCACCGGCCCCGCGUGAGCUGUGUGGCUCAGAACCUGACGGCUGUUCCUGACGGGAUCCAGCCAGACACACAGGUUCUGGUUCUCACACAAAACCACUUCAGUUCUCUGUCCUGGUCCUCGUAUUCUGGAUUCACACAGCUGCACGAGCUAGACCUGAGCCACAAUCACAUCACCACGCUGGAACCACCAGGUCCAGUGCUUGAGAACCUGAGCGUGUUGCGUUUGUCUGGUAACAGGUUAACUGGUUUGGGGGGACUGGUGUUCCGCUGCGCUCCCAAACUGAUGGAGAUCUACUUGGACGGCAACCAGAUUCGUUCCCUUCAUGACGCCACCUUCAGCGAACUGCCACGUCUGGAGAUCAUUAAUCUGUCUCAGAAUAAGCUUCCCGCCCUGCCGUCUCGCCUCCUGGAGCGAGUGUCUUCCAGCGGCCUGAAGACAUUUGAUUUGGAGAAUAACAGCGUCUCGCUGAUGCCCGAUGGGUUCUUCUCAUCUAAACCUGAGUUACCUUACGUUUUCCUGUCCCACAAUCCCUGGCUUUGCAGCUGCGCUGUAGGUUACCUCCACAGCUACCUGAAUGACCAGGAACACAACGUAUACAAGCAUGAUGGACCGAACGACAUCAUUCCCACUGCCGACACCGUUGUGUGUUCUGGACCGCCUCACCUAUUCCAACGACCCAUCAUUGAACUGGAGGAGAAUGACUUCUGCCCUCCAGAUCCACCCUCUACCCCAGCGGAGACUGGGAUUUCAACUCCUCCUCUACCAGAAUCUUAGUAAAGCCAAUUUCCACCCCUCAAUCUCCGAACGCGCCACACGACACCACCACCAUUACCCACCUACCUGCUUCCACCAAAACCUGGACCUUCCACCUCUCACCCCUGAGUUCAUUUGCACAAACACACACAUGCAUUCUUCACUUGUGUGUUUUGUUUUUGUUUUUUUGUUUUUUUGAGGUUGACGUUCUGUUUCCGACAUGAUGAACCUCACAUGUGUCAUUGGACACAAGCUGCCGCUUCUGUUUCUGCUCUUCUGUUGCUCUUUUAUUCUGGAUUUUGAGUUACUUUUUGAGUUUUAAAAAUGUCUGUUUAAAAACUGCAAAAUGUCAUUAAAGGAAAAUGUAUAAAAACAA